GAUUGUUAACAAAGGCAUGGACCCCACAGACAAGACCAAGCUGGUUGAAUCCCUCUGCCAGGUCCUGCAGUCUGCCGGCUUCUUCAAUGUGGAGGAGGAGGAGGACGUGGACUUCCUGGCUAAGUUCUCCAGACUGGUUAAUGGGAUGGGCCAAUCUCUGGUGCUGAGCUGGACCAAACUGGCCAAGGGGGCGCCGUGAAAGACGCCACGGAGAGCGCUGCGCGCGCUCGAGGCCAAGGUUCCGCUGCUCCUCCAGCUGUUGGUCCGGGACGACGACAUCUCGGCUAACGUCGUCGGGUUCUGCUACGACUACCUGCACAUACUCAAACAGUUCCCUCUGCUGACAGACCAACAGAAAACUAACGUUGAGGCCAUAAUGUUGGCAGUCAUGAAGAAACUGACUUAUGAUGAGGAGUACAACUUUGAGAAUGAGGGGGAGGAUGAAGCGAUGUUUGUAGAGUACAGGAAACAGUUGAAGAUGUUGUUGGAUCGUCUGGCUCAGGUUUCUCCUGAACUGCUACUGGAAGCUGUGCGCAGGGUUUUCAACAGCACCAUGCAGACGUGGCAGACGGCCCCCUUCAUGGAGGUGGAGGUGGCCGUCCGGCUGCUCUACAUGCUGGGAGAGGCUCUGCCUGCGUCUCACGGAGCUCACUUCUCUGGCGACACGGCCAAGACCUCGGCCCUGCAGGAUAUGAUGAGAACGCUGGUCUCCUCUGGGCUCAGUGGGUACCAACACACCUCUGUGGCGCUGGAGUUCUUUGAGACGGUCGUUCGCUACGACAAGUUCUUCCUCGUGGAACCGCAGCACAUUCCUAACGUCCUGAUGGCCUUUCUGGACCAUCGAGGUCUGAGACACAGCAGUCCUAAGGUCCGCAGCAGAGUGGCUUACCUCUUCUCACGAUUCGUCAAGACACUGCAUAAACACAUGAACUCCUUCGUUGAAGACAUCCUGACCAGGAUACAGGACCUGCUGGAGCUAGCGCCUCCUGAUAACGGUUUCCCGGCGCUGCUGACCAGCGAUGACCAGCUGUUUAUGUUUGAGACGGCGGGGGUGUUGAUUGUCCACGGAGAGAGUCCUGCCGAGAGGAAGCAGGCUCUGAUGAGAUCACUGCUGACCCCGCUGACCGACGCCUUCCGUCUGCUACUAGCCAAACUGGCCUCCGAGGGAGAGGAGGAGAGGCAGGCCGCACUGGCAGACUGUCUCAGUCACGCUGUCGGCUUCGCUAGUCGUACCAGUAAGGCUUUCAGCAACAAGCAGACAGUGAAGCAGUGUGGAUGUUCUGAGGUCUACAGAGACUGCCUGCAGACCUUCCUGCCUGCACUGAGCUGUCCUGUCCAGAGGGGGUCGCUGCGUAGCGCUGUGCGCUCCUUCCUCCACCGCAUGAUCAUCUGUCUAGAAGAAGAGGUCCUCCCCUUCGUCCCGGCUGCAUCAGAACACAUGCUGAAGGACUGCGAGGCCAAGGACCUGCAGGAGUUUAUACCACUCAUCAGCCAGAUCACUGCCAAGUUCAAGGACCAGGUCUCCCCGUUCCUUCAGCAGGUGUUCAUGCCUCUGGUCCUGGCCAUCUUUGAGGUGUUGUGUCGGCCUGCUGAGGACAACGACCAGGCAGCAGCCCUGGAGAAACAGAUGUUACGGAGGAGCUACUUUACCUUCAUACAGACUAUAGCCUCCAGUGGGAUGAACGAAGUCAUGGCCAACCAGGGUGUUGAGAACAUCGAGCGGGUUCUGUUCACCAUCAUCCAGGGAGCAGUAGACUUCCCCGACCCGAUCGCCCAGAAGACAUGCUUCAUCAUCCUUUCCAAGCUGGUGGAACUCUGGGGAGGUAAAGACGGUAUGGUUGGGUUUCCAGACUUCAUCUAUAAACACAUAGUCCCAGCAUGCUUCCUGGCUCCCCUCAAACCAUCCUUUGAUCUCACAGACGCUCAGACCGUCCUGACGUUGUCAGAGUGUGCGCUCACGUUGAAAAUGAUUCAUCUCAAAAGGGGUCCAGAGUUUAUCCAGUACCUCCAACAGCAGUACCUGCCUUCUCUACAGGUGUCACCGGAAAUCACACAGGAACUGUGCCAAGUGCUUCAGCAGCCAGACGUCAAAGUCCUCAAAAACUACAUUAAGGCUUUCUUUCAGCGAGCCAAACUGUAAAUAAGAACCCAAUUGGAAGGAUUGAGAGAGGACACUGGAAACUAAGAGAAGACUGGUAGUGAGAUAGGACCACUCACUACGGACAGACGGACAGAGAGAGCUUAAAGACGGAGAGCUUAGCAUAGGAGCGGCCUUAGCACUUCUGAAGGUGACUGCAUAACCCCGCCCAUCCUGUCCACGUGGGAGGGAACGGAGCCAAGAACACCAGUGGUCAAGGAGGCUUUCACCGGGGUGACCACACCCCCUCCGCUGAUCCAGGCCCAAUCAGGGACGUGCUCUCCGUCUGGGGUGGCACCCUGGUCAGGUGACGAUGUGAUCGCUUGGAUUCUCUGCAAUACAGGAAGUAAACUAGAGUAUAGAGGGAGGGGUUAUGGAACGGGACUUCCGUAUUAGUAUCCAUGAGCAAGUCUGAAGCCUCAUCUUUCCUUUUGCCUACUUUUAAAAAAAUGUUUUGGUAAUGAGCUAACAAUGACCCGAACUUAAGAAUCUAAUGAUUAGGAUUUAUUUAUUAGUUUAAAAAGAACGAGUUUUUUUUUUUUAGGUCUCCAAGAUGUUUUUCAUUUGAGUGGUUGUGUUGGACGUGGAGGUCUGUUUCUCUUUGCCCUGUGAAUGAAUUGAUGGAACAAAUAAAAAAAGGGCCGGCUUGA